CGAAUGCUGACUUCGGUCUUUUCAUUUAGUUUGCGUUAGGAGUCCCGGACAUGGUCGUCCGCAUUCAGGGCGGACAUCUGCCUCCGUAUUCAGUCUUCCCUCCGUGUCGGAGGCGGAGGAUGUACAACAUCACAGACAACUGGGGCCCGCCGGCCCUUACGAUGACACAAGUCUGACCGGUGCGCCCAGCGACCUGCGCGAUCUGUCGCAAAAGCCAGCCUGCAUUGCCCCAGCCUGCAUUUGCACGCGACCAUCUUGUCCGUUGCCUCUCGUUGCUUGGGGUGUCCACGAGAUCUGUCCCUGGAUCGCCUUGAACUAUGCGAGUAUCACGCGCUAUAUGCGCUGAUCCUUCCCCUUGCGAUCUCACCUCCAACGCCGCGCACUCGGGGCUUGGCUCGCCAAGUAGUGAUUCGCGGACCUUUGUCUUUGCUUCGAUCCCUGUACUUAUCUCGCCGUGCUAUAUAACAGCAGCCGCUGGCGGCGCUCUAGUCUUCCUUGUCGCAGUCCCUCGUCGCGAACUCGACGCCGACGUCUCGGAAGAGGCUUGCAACAAGGAUCACUGGUUUGACCCUCCAUUCCUUUGUACGCUCCCUGCAGUACCCUCCUGCACACGACUAUCGUCAUGCGUUUCUACACCUCCGCUCUCGUUGCCCUUGGCCUGGCGUCGGCCGCUCUCGCUCUCCCCGCGUCCAAGCGUGCGGUCCACGCUGUGUCAGCUUCGGACCUCGCGGGCUUUGCGCCGUUCACCCAGUUCGCCCGCGCGACGUACUGCGGCGCUGACAAGCUCCAGAACUGGACUUGCGGCGAGGCUUGCGAUGCCAACCCAACCUUCCAGCCUACUUUGGUUGGCGGAGACGGAAACGAGAUUCAAAACUUCUUCGUUGGAUUUUGGCCGGACCAGAACUCCGUCGUCGUCGGUCAUGAGGGUACAGAUCCUGUUCAAUUCGAGUCUGAUCUCACGGACAUUAACUUCUUCUUGACGAACCUGGACUCCACGCUCUUCCCUGGCGUGUCUUCCGAUGUCCAGGCACACAAUGGCUUCCUGGCUGAGCACGCGAAGACGGCGUCACAGAUCCUCACGGAGGUGCAGAACCUCAUCUCCUCCAAGGGCGCAAAUCAGGUUAUCACGGUCGGGCACUCGCUGGGUGGCGCUCUAGCGCAGCUUGAUUCCCUGUUCUUCACCCUCAACCUGGACCCCUCGGUCCAUGUCAAGUCCGUGACCUACGGCACUCCGCGUGUCGGGAACCCCGACUAUGCCGCUCUUUUCGAUUCUAAGGUCCCAGACUUCGUCCGCGUCAACAACGAGGCCGACCUGGUCCCUAUUGUACCCGGCCGUUUCCUCGGCUUCCAGCACCCGCACGGUGAGAUCCACAUCAUCUCUCCUGGGAACGCGGUCUCGUGCGACACGGACGACGACGCGUCGGACUCCCAGUGCACGAUCAAGACCGUCCCGAACCUGUUUGAGGGCAACAUCCUCAACCACCUGGGACCUUACGAGGGCAUCUCGCUCGGCACGAUUUUCUGCACCUGAGCGCCAUACCUGCUUACCACUAUACCCAUUUCGGCGAUUUUUGCACGAUCCUUCGACGUCUUCUACGUUUUCUCGGGGUUUUAGGGCUUGUGAUCCGCCGGAAGGCACAUUAUGCCGCCCUCUGGUUGUGUACGAGUGUUUGUACGCCAUGCCUGCACCCUGCGCACGGUAUGGCAUCCUGUAUGAGUACAUAGUCGCACUGUACCUUCAAAUUGCGAGGAGACAAUACGCAGCGUGCACCAUGACGUACUAUCCGAGCCAAGAUGCCAUUUGUUAGCUUGCACAGGAUGGAUGUUAAGCAAUACAGGCCGGACUCGUCAGAGUGAU